AUGCGUCGGCGGUCGACGGACGGCGGCUGGUCCUCCCCGAGCGCGCCGCCGCCGACGACGACGCGCGACGACACGCCGCCGAACCAGCGGCGCGCGGCGGCGGCCACCCCGCCGUCGUCGCCGCCGCGCGCGUCGCUCGACGGCGGCGAGCGACGCGCGAGCGGAGGAGGCGUCGCGAGUAAUGAUGGCACGAGUAAUAAUAAUAAUGGCCACGGCGCGGCGUCCGCGAGCGAGAAGGGACGCGAGCUGGCGAGAGACGCCGAGCGCGUGAGCAAGGUGGUCAUCGCGCAGGUGAAGCAGCGCGGGCGCGACCUCGGGAGCAAGAUCAAGGCGGCGUGGAAGACGACCGAGCGCGAGGCGAGCGCGCUGUUCGUGUCCCCGCCGUCGUCGCCGUCGCCGAAGAGUCAACAACAACAGCGGUCGCAUCGUCCGCGAGACGGCGACGACGGCGAAGACGGAAUCGGCGGCGCGCGUCGCGACCGCGACGACGCCUCCAUCCGCCGCCGCGGCGGCGCCGCGGAGAAGGAGAGCGGCGUCGACGAGCGAGAGCGAGAGCGCGACGCGUCGCGCGGAGGACGCGCGGGUUCGGGAUCAUCUCGACCCGCCGGCGGGGUCCAGCGGGCGGUCGCGGAGAACCUCCGACGCCUCGCGCGAUUCCCGCACCGCGACGAGAGCGACCCGCCGGAGGGGUACGUUAACCUGUGGGUGAACAAUUUUCAGCGCUGGCAGACGCGAUGGCUCAACGCGAGCUCGACGCCGGGGGUGCUGCUCGUGCAUCGAAAGUCCACGAAGCUCGGCCGAGCGACGAAGAUCGAUCUCGUGGGCGCCUCGGUGGUGUUUCCGAGCCGCAGCAAUCAGAGAGAGUUCGUCGUCGUCGCCGGCGACAUGCUGUAUAAGAUGCGCGCGCUGCGACCAGGGGGGCGAGAGAAGUGGGCGGCGGUCAUACGCGACAGCGCGAGCGCGUUGGAGCGCGCGGCGGCGAUCGUGAAGGACAGGGAGAACGAACGGGCGGCGGCGGCGGCGGCGAGGGCUUCGGAGGGCGGCGGCGGCGGCGGCGCGACCGCUACCGCGACCGCGGGCGCGAAGAAGCUCGGCGCGACGCGGGUGGACCCCCCCGGAGGGAGGCCGUCGCGAUCGUCUUCAUCGGCACCCCUUGAUGUCCACGUGGCACACUCGGCACCCCCCGUCGUCCGCGCGGCGCCGCCGCCCUCGACGCCCCCCCCCGCGGCGGACGCCGCCACCGCGGAGGCGCUUCGCGCGACGCUCGAAAAGGCGUGGUUCGAGCCGACGCUCGCCGCGCGCGCCGCCGCCGCAGAGUGCGCGCGCGACGUCAAGACCGGCAUCACUCGGCUCGCGGAGUCCCUGGGCGUGAAAGUCAGCGGCGGCGAGGACGAUGGCUCCGAAACGGCCGUGACGACGGCGUUACGCGGCGUCGAAGACGCGUUCACGUACGCUUUGGACGCCGCCAUCGGAAAGUGCGUCGAGCUCGAGACGACCAACGCGUCGCUGCGAAGGAAGCUCAGGUGCGUUCUACUGUUAACGAAAGUGUUCACCCAUCCAUCGGUUUCAACAUUUGAUCGCGUCCCCUUUCAACUGACCGGUGGACUAUUUUCGUAUACUGGAACGGCCCUCGUCAGUCGCGCGAACGAGCAGCUCGCGAUCGUCGCCGCGGAGUGCGCGCCGAAGAAUGGAGUCGCGACGACGCGCGGCGUCGGCGCCCCCGGGGACGGGGGGGGACGCGGGGACGGGGCCGCCGCCGGCGUAAGUCAAAAGUCGGAAGACGUCGUCGUCGUCACCCCCGGGCGCGCGUCCGCGUUCGCGAGAGCGCUCGCGCUUCGCGACGACGAACGCGCGCGCGGUCCCGAGGGACCCGGCGGCGUGGACUCAUCAGAGAGCGACGCCAGCUCGGACUACGGAAGCGUCGCGUCGUUCAUCUCCGCGGCGGCGAGCUUGAGCUUUGGCGGCGGCGGCGGCGGCGCGGGGGACGAGCGCGAAACCCCGGAAUACAUCGCCGCGGUCGAGGUCAUGAACAAGCACGAUUACGUCGUCAGCGAGGGGACCGCGGCGGACGGCGAGCGAGGGGACGAGCUCGUCGAGGGCGUCGCGUCGCCGACGCCGGGAGGGGGCGCGGACGCCGCCGCGAGUUUGAUUUUCGUCGGCGGCGGCGGCGACGACGACGACGACGACGGCGGCGGCGACGACGACGACGACGCCGCGGCCGACGACGACGCCGCGGACGACGACGACGUCGACGACGACGACGCGGCGAUGGCGGCGUUCAUCCCGCGAACGCGACUCCCCGCGCCCGCGCCUCUGAACCAGUCGUUCUCGCUCUGGUCCGUCCUGAGGCAGGCGAUGGGCAAGGACCUCAACCGAAUAUCCAUGCCCGCGUCUAUCAAUCAGCCGCUGAGCAUUCUGCAGCGCGCCGUGGAGGACUUCGAAUACCUCCAGCUGCUGUACGACGCGAUCGAUUACCCCGCGGGCGUCAACCGGAUGGCCGCGUUGUGCGGGUUCGCGCUGUCGUCGUACGCGUCGUGGUUCGCGCGCCCUCGGAAGCCGUUCGCGCCGACGUUGGGGGAGACGUACGAUUGGACGUCGCCGGACGGUCGCACGCGCGUCCUCGUCGAGCAGCUCGUGUACGACCCGCCCGUCGCGGCGUGGCACGUCGAGGGGAUGUCGCCGCGCGGGGAGCCGUUCGUCGUGUCCGGCGACCUCGCGGGAGUGUCCAAGUUCUGGGGCCAAUACCUCGAGGUCAACUUCCAAGGCGCCGCGCACCUCACGCUGCCGCGGACGAACGAGACGUACUCGUGGAGCAAAGCGUCGAUGCACGUGCACGGGCUCGUGAGCGGGCAGAUUUGGAUCGACAUGGUCGGCGACGUCGCCGUCUUCGCGCACGCCACCGGAGAGAAGGCGAAGCUGCGGCUCGCGAAGGCGUCCGGGAAGGGCGGAUCCGGGAAGGCGCGGCGGGGGCGCGUGGAGGGGGAGAUUUUCGACGCCGACGGCCGCGUCGCGGCCACCGUCGACGGGUGCGUCCUGAGCGAGGUGCGCGUCCACGCGGACGAGGCGUACGAGCGGCGAGCGGUCGCGGAAGAAGCGGCGGUCGCGGAAGCGGAAGCCGUCGCCGGCGGCGGCGCCCCCCAGAGGCGACGAACGAGGCUGCACCCGCUCGACGUCAAGUGGAGAGGAACUGGAGAGGGCGGCGGCGACGCUCUCCCGCUCUUCGCGUUCGCCGGCUUCGCCGACGACGCCGCGCGGCAGUACGGCUUCACGCCGUUCGCCAUCGCGCUCAACGAGCUCACGCCGGAGCAAUACCGGAACCUUCCGCCCACGGACUCGCGGCUGCGGCCGGACAUGCGCGCGCUCGAGGACGGCGACGUGGAGCUCGCGUCGGAGAUGAAACGACGCGUCGAGGGGAUCAACCGGUCGUCGGCGGCGGCGAGGAAGGCGAAGGACGAGAAGUAUCGACCGGCGUGGUUCGCUCGGAGCGAGAGCAGCGGCGGUGGCGUGCGCGUCAACUUCGCGGAGCACGGCGCCGCGCUGUGGACGUACGCGGGUGGGUACUGGGAGCAGCGCGAGGGGGGUCGAUGGGAUCGAGACGCGACGCGCGGCAGAGACGUCUUCGGAUUACAGCGGCAUCUGACGACGCCGACGACGCGGAAGAGCCACGCGCCGCGGCGAAGCGCGGACGGCGCGCCGAGGAUCGAGGCGUCCGCGGAGAAGAAGCGCGACGACGACGCGGAGGACGAGGGAGAAGAGAAGAACGCGGCGUGAUUUUUGAGUACAACAGUAUCUCGCGUUCUA